AUGAAGCACAAUUCAAAAAGAACUUGCAAUACAACCAUAACAGAAUUGCAUCACGGAAGCUCAAAGGCAAUGCCUUUCAAUUACAAUAGGACUCUGAUUCAAGAUUGGAAGUUGCCACACUCUUGCUUCUGUACACAAAGUAAUGACCAUAAGUUGGUUUGUUCUCCUGCUCAGUUUUGUUCUACAAUGUUCCUAUAUCGCAUGAAUCUGUUAAAAAAAAACACCAACCCAAAUGCAGUUAUCUAUGAAGGUCUAAGAGCAUGCAAUGACCAGCUAUUGGAACUGGAGGCACCUCAAAAUCAGGGCUCCAAUGCACAAGAGCAAACAAAUGUUACAGAAGUUUGGAGCCCUCCAAAUAGAAACAGACUCAAAUUCAACUGUGAUGGAGCCUAUAAGCAAAAUCAAAAUACAGCUUUAGUAGGAUUCCUCAUUAGAGAUCAUAAAGGGGUAGUGGAAGAAAGAACAAAAUCUAUCCCUGCAUUAUCUAGCUUACACCCUGAAGCACUAUCAAUCCGCGAAGCAUUUCUGAUGGCAGUUGCAGGAAAAAGAAGCAACUGUGGAAGGUGA